CUGAGUGUUAACAUUAGAAACGGAAAUAAAACAUGAUUGGUCAAAUUUGAAUAAUUGACUUUAGUUUGUGAAGUUGAUUUGUGAGUUGUCAUUCCCGUGUGCUUUGUUUUCGAAAACCUCUUUCAUGGAAUUCUUACAUGAGUAUUUAUUAGAAAGCGAUGAAGAUGAGGAUAUUGUCCAACUACGUAUGCCUACUGGUGACCAAAUAGAGAAAUCACAAGAACAAUUUUAUGGAAAAGCUAGAUUUCCACGGGUGAUAGGCAGUAUCGACUGUACUCAUAUUAGCAUUAUUUCGCCAGGUGGACCACGUGCAGAGACAUUCCGGAAUCGAAAGGGCUUUUUUUCAUUGAAUGUUCAAACUGUGUCCUCGGUGGAUUUAAAAAUUUUGGAUAUUGUUGCUUGUUGGCCAGGAUCGGCCCAUGAUCAACACAUUUUUGAUAAUUCAUUAUUAAAGCAAAGGUUUGAAAAUAAUGAGUUUGGUAAUGCUUUGCUAGUGGGUGACAGCGGAUAUCGUAAUACCAAAUAUUUGGUAACACCUUUGCUGAAUACCCGAAAUAGAGUAGAAGAACUAUAUAAUGAAUCUUUAAUAAGAACUAGAAAUCCAGUGGAACGGCAAUAUGGCGUGUGGAAGAGAAGAUUUCCUGUACUUGCACUCAAGCUCCGAUUGAAACUAGAAACUGCAAUGACAGUAAUUGUUGCUACAGCAGUGCUACAUAACAUAGCAAUAAAUGCAAAGGAAGAAAUACCUCCAUAUGAUCUUGGAAUAAAUGUAAAUACUGUCGAGGUAGAUAACCUUGAUAUAGAAGAUGGUGAAUUACUAGGAAAUGCUAGAAAUCAACUUUUAGCGAAUUAUUUCCCUAACCUCUUAAAUUAA